UCUAGCAACCUUUGGCCUGCCAGCAUCUUCAGGCCAGGGCGCCAAGGAUAAGCAGGGGGUGUCUGCCUUCAUGGAUAAUAAUGUGGCCUCGAAGUUGGCAAGGUGUGGUGCCAUUAAGGACAAGGCUCGAGGACAGAGUUCCACACCAAAACCUGGGGAGACAGAGACUCAAGUCAAGGAGACGAAGCCGGAGAGAGAAGCCAAGAAAAACAAGAAAACUAGUCAAGGUGACACUGGGCAGACACCUGAAAAGAACAAGGACAGGUCUAUGGAGAAAACAACAUUAGUCAUAUCAGAUUCUCCAAAGGGAACCAGUUCCAAGGCAUCAGAGAAGAAACCCCAGACAAGAGCUGAAGAAUCGCUUGUGGUGCCAAACAGUCCAGAGAAUGGUCUGGUGGAAGAACCUCGCCUUUCUCCUAAGGCUUCCCCCAAAUCCAAGCCACCAUCUAGACUGGCUAAACUGAGACAGGCUGCUGUCAUACAACUGACUUCAGCAUCAUUCUUCAUUAUCAUUAGUGAUUCAGAUUACCAGGGAGUCUGCUUAUUGACCCAGAAAUAA